AUUCAGGACCUCAAAACUGAAGCCUUCAAAUUUCCUAAGCACCUGCAAGCUCCAGAACCUUGCAAAGUGACCUGAGACAGGAAAGCCUUCCAGCUCCCCAUGGGGAGAUCAGUCCUGGGAGAGGCUGAGGAGCAGAGAGGGAGCAAGGGACUCACUGGGUGGACCAACGGCACUGACUGGAGACUGCAGAGGUACAAGGGACUUCUGGGCAGCGAGGAGCCAUUCUCAGCAAGGGAGGCAGGCUGUGAGGGUCCCAUCCAGGGGGGACUGCAACCCACCUUGCUCUACGGAUCCCGAAUCCAGGCUGCCCCACGUGGAGGAGCCACCCCUAGGUCAGAAAGAUGGGGGAAAUGGAACAGAUGAAGCAGGAGGCUGAGCAGCUGAAGAAGCAGAUUGCGGAUGCCCGGAAAGCCUGUGCAGACACAACGCUCGCUGAGAUUGUGUCGGGAAUGGAGGUGGUUGGGCGCAUCCAGAUGCGGACCCGAAGGACCCUGCGGGGACACCUGGCCAAGAUCUACGCCUUGCACUGGUCCACGGACUCCAAACUUAUGGUCAGUGCCUCACAAGACGGGAAACUGAUUGUGUGGGACACAUACACAACUAACAAGGUUCAUGCCAUCCCUUUGCGUUCCUCCUGGGUCAUGACCUGUGCCUAUGCCCCCUCUGGCAAUUUUGUGGCCUGUGGAGGCCUUGACAACAUGUGCUCCAUCUACAACCUCAAGUCUCGUGAAGGCAACGUCAAAGUGAGCAGGGAGCUCUCAGCCCAUACAGGAUACCUCUCCUGCUGCCGAUUUCUUGAUGACAACAAUAUUGUGACUAGCUCUGGAGAUACCACAUGCGCGCUCUGGGACAUCGAGACGGGGCAGCAGAAGACUGUGUUCGUCGGUCACACUGGAGACUGCAUGAGCUUGGCCGUCUCCCCUGACUUCAAACUCUUCAUCUCUGGGGCUUGCGAUGCUACUGCCAAACUGUGGGACGUGCGGGAGGGUUCCUGCCGCCAGACCUUCUUAGGGCACGAGUCCGACAUCAACGCCAUCUCCUUCUUCCCUAACGGCGAGGCCAUCUGCACCGGCUCCGACGAUGCCACCUGCCGCCUCUUUGACCUGCGGGCGGACCAGGAGCUCAUCGUGUACUCCCAUGAGACCAUCAUCUGCGGAAUCACCUCCAUUGCCCUCUCCCGCAGCGGGCGGCUCUUGUUUGCUGGGUACGAUGACUUCAACUGCAACAUCUGGGACUCCCUGAAAGCAGAGCGUGUGGGAAUCCUUUCUGGUCACGACAACAGAGUGAGCUGCCUGGGGGUGACGGCGGAUGGCAUGGCUGUUGCCACUGGCUCCUGGGACAGUUUCCUCAAGAUUUGGAACUGAGGAUGAAGAGAGGGGAAGAGCAGCAGAAGCACGGCCCAUGCAAAACAGCAUCAUCAGAUGAGCACAACAGAAACGCCCACGUACCACUCCCACUUGUCUCUAGACA